UGUUGAUGUGAGUGAGAAGGGCUCCCAGAGACGGUCUCGGCAUCAAAAUUGAACUUUCCUCCCACAUGGAUUUGGAGACAAAAAAGGCAAGCUCAUUCAACAGUCACAACUAAAAUAACAAACCUUGACUGGAAACGACCACGGGAUAUGGAAAUGCCAGGUUUUACAUCAAAGUGUCUUCCUCACAAUCCUGCUCAACCAACACGACCUGCUGGGCCAAGGUACAACAACAACAACCACCAGGCAGUGGGCAGCCAGCAGAGGGGCUUUGUUCCCAUACAAAACAGUUACAUGCAACCAAAUCCGGUGAUGGCUGCUCCCAGCAUGCACUUUGUACCAAUGAGUCAUCAGAAUCUGCAGCCACUUCCCCCGAGCAUUGAGACACUUGCCCAUGUCCAUGGCCAGACUAACUUUGUACCAGAGGUGAUGCUGCCUAAUGGCAUGAAUAUGCGUCCUGUUGGAUUGCUGAAUGGAGAGCUGUUGUACAAAGUUACAGCUCCUUCUAACAUUACUCCUCCUCUUCCAGCCAACAUCCCCAAGAUAAAGAAGAAAACAAAAAAAGUAGACGACCAUUACACAGAGCAAACAUAUGUCAAGAAGCCUUUAAACGCGUUCAUGUUAUUCUCCAAGGAGCAUAGGCAAGCUGUCAAGGACAGGUCCUCCUCAACGAAUAUUGCUGUUAUAAAUGAGACCUUAGGAAAGAUGUGGCAUUUGCUACCUGAAAAGGAGAAGGCCAAGUAUUACGAACAAGCUGAGGAAGAGCGGCGACUUCACGCCCAGCAGCAUCCAGACUGGUCUUGCCGCCACAACUACGGCAAAAAGAGAUACAAUAAAAGGAUCAGGGAUUGAGCGAAAGCAGUGCAAGGGCCUGAGAUUGAGGAGGAGACAGAACAGGCUGGAAAUGUAUCUGAACAGGACAUUGGAAUUCAUAACCUGUACUAGUCUCUCGGGAACAAGCUAAUCCUGAAGGUCUAAACCAAGACAUUGCUUCUGAUCCUUGUUAAUUAAAUCAUUUGUAUCCAAGCUAGAGAGCAUCAUUGUAUCCUGCAAAAAGGUGCGUUGUAAUUAUGAAAACUUUUGAGUGAUAUUUAGUCAUUCAUUAUAAUAGUAGAUGCAAUUUAUCAGUUACCGAUGACAUGACAGCAGGAUUCUUUUGCGGGAAGCCUCUCAUCCAUUUGUAAGUACCGUUAACUGCCCUGCAACCGGGAAUUUAACCAUGAUCUUGCUUUGUGCUGUUACAGGAAAUGGAGGUAAAUAAACCCGAUCGACUGUCACAUUGAUUUCUUGUCUUGACGUCUCUGUUCACAGAGCUGAUGCAACGGGAGCAUCAGCUGAGUGGACGGGGAUGACUUUAUAAAGCGUGUGUGUGUGUCAAGCUCUCUGUAGCCACCAUCAAGUCCGCACAUUGUCUCCGGAAUGCAUCAGAAUCCUUCACCAUACUGUCUUCAUGAGAGGUUGUUGAAAGGGAUGGAAGUCACAUGAUACAUACUUGCAGACUUUUUCACUG